AUGGCUAGCGCGGUGGGAUCGGGUCUGUCGAGGGCGGAGGCCUUCUCGCUUCUCCGUUCGCUCCUCCGAACGGCUGCCAAGUUUUCCGACUACAACAUCAGGGAGUACGUCCGGCGGAGGACGAUCGACGGGUUCCGGGAGAAUCGCGGGCUCACCGACCCCUCCGCCAUCGCGUCAGCCUUCUCUGAGGGUAGGUCUCAGCUCGAGAUUGCGAAGCGUCAGGCGGUGGUGUACUCCAUUUACGCUCCUCAAGUGAAGAACAUCAUGGAGCUCAACGCCUCUUGA